UCACCGGGAAGUGUGCCCACCGAGGAGCUCUCUGCCCAUGCAGCUGCCACCACAGCUCCCUGGUGCUGGGGCCUAGCCUUGGAGAGAGAGCACUGAGCCCUUGAGAAGAGCCACGCCAUGGGGAUGCCCGGAGGAGGGACAGUGUCGCAACCCCAGGCGGCUCACAGUCCCCUGGAGAAGCCACCUGGCACGGCCAUCCUGUGCAACACGUGUGGAAAUGUGUGCAAGGGGGAGGUGCUGCGGGUGCAGAACAAGUACUUCCACAUCAAGUGCUUCAUCUGCAAAGCAUGUGGCUGUGACCUGGCGGAGGGUGGCUUCUUCGUGCGGCAGGGCGAGUACAUCUGCACCCAGGACUACCAGCGGCUCUACGGCACGCGCUGCUGCAGCUGCGAGCGGCUCAUCGAGGGCGAGGUGGUGUCAGCACUGGGCAAGACCUACCACCCCGCCUGCUUUGUGUGCGCCGUCUGCCGGUUGCCUUUCCCACCCGGGGACCGAGUGACCUUCAACGGGAAGGACUGUGUGUGCCAAAAGUGCUCCCUGCCCACGCCGGCAGGCAGUGGCACGCACGGGCCACAGGGCCUGCGGAGUUGUGGGGGCUGCGGCUUAGAAAUCAAGAACGGGCAGGCGCUGGUGGCACUGGACACGCACUGGCACGUGGGGUGCUUCAAGUGUGAGGCCUGCGGGAAGCAGCUGGACGCCGAGUACAUCAGCAAGGACGGGCUGCCUUACUGUGAGGCUGAUUACCAUGCCAAGUUCGGCAUCCGCUGCGAUGGCUGUGAGAAGUUCAUCACCGGGCGCGUGCUGGAGGCAGGGGACAAGCACUACCACCCUUCUUGCGCACUAUGCGUCAGGUGCAGCCAGAUGUUUGCGGAAGGCGAGGAGAUGUAUCUUCAAGGUUCUUCCAUCUGGCACCCUGCGUGUCGACAGGCAGCCAGGACUGAGGACAGAAACAAGGAAACCAGGACGUCCUCCGAGAGCAUCAUUUCUGCCCCUGCCUCCAGCACAUCCGGGUCUCCAAGCCGUGUGAUCUAUGCCAAGCUCGGCGAUGAGAUCCUGGACUACAGGGACUUGGCAGCACUCCCCAAAAGCAAGGCGAUCUACAACAUCGACCGCCCAGACAUGAUCUCCUACUCACCCUACGUCAGCCACUCUUCAGGGGACAGGCAGAGCUACGGCGAGUCGCCUCAGUUGCUCUCGCCAACGCCGACUGAGGGGGAUCAGGAUGACCGGUCCUACAAGCAGUGCCGGACCUCCAGCCCCAGCUCCGCCGGUUCUGUCAGCCUCGGGCGCUACACCCCGACCUCGCGGUCACCCCAGCACUACAGCCGUGCAGCUGGUACUGCAAGCGUCGGUACCAGUAGCUGGCUCUCCCUGUCCCAACACCCAAGCCCUACCUCCGUGUUCCGACAUCAUUACAUCCCCUACUUCCGAGGCAGCGAAAGCGGCCGCAGCACGCCCAGCCUCUCGGUGCUCUCGGACAGCCGGCCACCCUCCUCCACCUACCAGCAGGCGCCGCGCCACUUCCACGUCCCAGACACUGGCGUAAAAGAUAACAUCUAUAGGAAACCCCCUAUCUACAAACAGCAUGGUCCUGUAGUCCAAUCCCCAGUGUCCAAGCUCUCUGGCCUGGUGUCAGUCUUGUCCUUGGUGGUGCAGGAGACAGGGCGCUCCAAAAGACUGGCAGGGUCCAGCCCACCCCUGGCUGCAGCCACGAGGCGAUUGGACGGGGAGGAUGGGAGCUUUGACCAGGACAGCAGGAAGAAGACCAGCUGGCUGCUGCUCAAGGGAGACGCUGACGUGAGGACGAACUCGCCGGACCUGGACAGCCAGUCUCUGUUGCACAGUAGCGCGCCAGAGCGAGAGCCACUCCUGAGAGGGCCCGGAGACAGCUUCUACUCCCGCUACCCCUAUUCCAAAUCCGAUUCUUCCCCAGGACCUGGAAAGGACGGCUUGGACCACCGGAAUGCCAAUAUGGCCCCUUGUGGAGCAGAGCUAGAUGCCGGCUGGGGCACGCGAGAGUACAAGAUCUACCCCUACGACUCCCUCAUUGUGACAAACCGCAUCCGAGUGAAGCUGCCCAAAGAUGUGGACAGGACCAGACUGGAGAGACACUUGUCGCCUGAGGAGUUCCAGGAAGUGUUUGGGAUGAGCGUUGAGGAGUUUGACCGCCUGGCCCUGUGGAAAAGGAAUGAGCUGAAGAAGAAGGCCCUGCUGUUCUGACGGCCACCAGCCUCUCAGCACGGGGCCCAAGGGACGGAAGAUAACCAUGCACGCCCACUGCACCUCGCUCUGCUUCUCUGUAUUGUGGGGGACAGGGCGCCUGGGGAGCCAGGCAGGGAGGGAGGAGGUCCCAGCAGCGCCCCUCUUUGUGCCAGUGAUACUCCUGCCUGUAGAUUAGGGCCUCUCACAAGCUUGGCCGCCUUUCCCCUGCUGUGGCUGGCGCCAGGAGACGCUGCGGCCUGGCUGUCACAAAGGUGGCCACAGCCCCCUUGGCAGCAUCCUUGGAGUGUUGAGCCCCUGCACCAGGCACUUGGCUGGGAUGUGGUGUCAGUGGCUGGUGUGAGACCCUCGGGGUGGCAGCUGGGAGCGGGGCGGGCACAGCCGGCCUCCCAAACUCAGGCCAGGGCAGGAGGGCGAUGCUGAGCUUCCGCAGGCUGUGCCAAGUACAAAGCGCGGGGUUUCCACAGCUGUCCGUGGUAGGUCUUUGGGAGGGACAGGCAUCAGGUUGAUGGGGCGCCUACACCAGUGCCGCCCCGGGCACUGUGUCCUGCUUCCAAAUCACCCCCUAGAUGCCUCCAUGAUGUCUUUCAAGUUACACAGAAGUUUUUAUUUUAUUAAAAAGUAUAGCUUCCUUCCACAGAAGAGGACAUACAUGCAGUUUAGUGUCUCAUCCCUGCGAGGGGCGCCUCCAGCCUUACCCCAUCCGCAGGUGUCUGUGGCUCCGGUUCCCUGGUUCCUGGGGACACGGCGCCUUGUUUGUCUCCUCGUGUCUCUCUUCCUCUGUGUGUCAUGCAGCUACCCUGAAGACACACCCCCAGUGCUGUGUGUAAAUGCGUGUGAACGGUACCCCAGUCUCCCCUGCCACUGUUCUGAGUCUCAGAAAGGGAUCCUCCCAUUGGCCAAAGCCCUGGAAUAAAGGUGUCCGUACCCCAGCCUGGUCCCAUGUGGCUUUGGGCUCACCAUCUGCCGUAUGCACCUGGAGAUGUCCUCCUGUGCUUCCCCUACACUCACACCAAAUGCUCUUGGGGCAGGAGGACGGGGACACUGCCUCUUCUAGUUGGCAAGGUGCCCGCCAGGGCUCACGGGCCAGGCACAUGUGCCUGCACUGAGGUUCUGCCCACCAUGUGGCCAUCACAAGCCAAUUUCCCCUCCUGGCAGGCCCAGCUGUCACUGACCAGGAGUGGGCCUCGGUCAGUGUUCUCAGGGCCCGACCCUGCCUGGCAUCCAGCGUCACACCAGCCCACUGUGGACGGGGAUUUUUAGCACCUAAAGCACUUCCUGCCACUCAGCUGUCCCAGCCCAUACAACUGGAAACCCCCUUUCUUGUUUGCCCAGCAUCUGUCUGAUCCCAGGGCUGCCUGGGAAAAUAAAAGACAUUGAGCUAUA